CGCGCGCCACAGCCUGAACAGGCCAGCUUGUACCGCCUAGCCCCUCGCUGUCGACAACAGGUACCUUCAGAGGUGCGCAGCUGGCCUCCAGGCACUUCGUAGACGGCCCGACGUCGGGCAAGGAUGGAAGGCUGCUUACGUCAGCAUGUCCGUGCCACGCGUGUCGUGUUGGCAUGCGCCGCGCGGGAACACACCGCGAAGCACCGGCCGCGGCGCAGCGAGCCCUCUCACCGUCAUCCUCCACCACCGCACCAUCGCCUCUGCCCAGCAUGUGGCUCACCGACCAGCAGAAGAUCGGCGCCGCGCUCGUCUCCUUCGGCUCGCUCUUCCUCGUGCUCGGCAUCAUCCUCUUCUUCGACGCCGCGCUCCUCGCGCUCGGCAACGUCCUCUUCACCGCCGGCAUCACGCUGCUCAUCGGGCCGCAGAAGACGUUCUACUUCUUCGCGCGCAAGCAGAAGCUGCGCGGCACGCUGUGCUUCUUCGCCGGCAUGCUGCUGGUCUUCGCGCGCUGGACGUUCAUCGGCAUGCUCGUCGAGAUCUUCGGCUUCCUCAAUCUCUUUGGUGACUUCUUCCCCGUCAUCCUCAACUUCCUGCGGCAAUUGCCGAUCAUCGGCGAUGUCCUCAGCCUGCCAGUUGUCCGCAACGUUCUGGACAAGCUGGCCGGCGCGCGGCAAUCUGCCGUCUAGAGCUGCGGCCCUUCACGCCCACAAGCCACCUGCCGGCGCGCAGACGCGGCCUGAUGGCGAGCUGCGGGCUCAGCCCGCCACGAACGUCUCUUCACGAACACCGAUGCAAUGCAGGCACGUCAGACACCGCGCCGGAGGAGCUGCUGCGAGAGGGCAUGCAUUCGUCAUAUGCUGGCAUCGUACGCGCCCGCGGUGAGCACCAGGUUGCGCGGCGUGACAUGCACGUCGAGCAUGGGCGUCCGCUUGGUAUAGAAGGUCGCGAGACAGUCGCGGCUCGAGUCGCGCUCGUCGGAGGUGAGCUGUGCGCCGACGGCGGCAGGCAUGGCCAAUGCGGCGCUCCGGUCGGCCGCAUCGAUGCCGGCCACGG